AUGUCAAGUUCGAAAGUAGAAACAACUGAGGCAAAAAUUGCAAGGCUUGCAGAGCAUGCCAGUCUUGGAACCUACAGGGGACAUUGCAGGAAUGUAAAGGACAACGAGAAACAUCCAGAUGUUGUGAGAUAUUACAAGGCGGUUCGUACUUAUAACGCCACGAAAGGCAAAAAUGAGGUGAAGAAAUUCCAAACUGCCCGAGGUCCAAAAGGUUCAGAUAAAGAGGUUAAAAAGUUGAGAGAAAUUGAGGUUGUUAGGGAAUUUGAGAAAGCAGAAAAAGACAUGAAUGAGCUCGCCCACAAGGAGCCCGUGAAAACGCACCGCGAGGCCACAGGUGCUAAGAAGACAAUGGAAGAAGGAAACCCUGAAGUGGUGGAAUAUAACAUGGCUAAAGAGAGCUUGAAAGCUGAUAAAGAGACAAAUAAGGCCAAAAAAAGUCUCCCUCAACCUUCAGCUAGCUCAAAAAGGAGCACGCCCAAUCACCCUAAAGUACCAUGGGUCACGGAAAGAGCCCCAGUGCGUGUACCUGCGCAGGCUCCUCCAUCGGCGGGCAAUGUUCCUAACACACCAAGAGGCAGAUCAAGAGGUGGAUCAAGAGACAGAUCGGAUCCCCGGACAGGUCAUAAGCUUCCAGCAUCUGCAUCCAAAAACGAUGAGCGCAAAAUAAACAGUGGUAAGCAUCGCGUACCAAGUCCCCAUACCGAGGCCGAACUUCAUUUCAAAGAUGAUGGCGUAGACGUAGUAAGAAAGGUGAAGACUAGAAAGUGGGGUUUAGCAUAG